AUGUGGAACAGCGGAGGUGGAUACGAUCGUCACAUCACAAUUUUCUCACCCGAAGCUCGUCUUUUUCAAGUUGAAUAUGCAUUUAAGGCUGUCAAGGCUGCUGGAAUUACUUCUAUUGGCGUUCGCGGUAAAGAUUCAGUUUGUGUUGUGACCCAAAACAAGGUUCCGGACAAGCUUCUGGAUCAAUCAAGUGUCUCACAUCUUUUCCCUAUCACAAAGUACCUAGGGUUGUUAGCAACAGGCGUGACAGCUGAUGCCAGAACAUUGGUUCAGCAAGCAAGGAAUGAAGCAGCCGAGAUUCGUUUUAGAUAUGGAUAUGAGAUGCCGGUGGAUGUAUUAGCUAAAUGGUACCAUAUUUAUUUCAUACAGUACUAUGCAAUUAUUAUUUUAAUUAUAUACCGCACAAGUAAAAAAUCUGUUUAAUCAUAUGAACUCUGGAUUGUAGAGCAAAGAAUAGCUCCACAUGUUGCUUAUUGACCUUACUUUAUCGUUGCAUAUUCCAUAACUUUGUUCUGGAUAUUGUUCAAAUCAAUUUGAUUUAUAACUU